GUGCCACUGUGGUUCGGAAUCGUGAACACGAUCCUGGUCUUUAUUUUCGUGACUGAAACGAUCUUGAAACUCCUGGCUGUGGGCUGCAAUGAAUUCUGGAAGGGCGAGGAAUGCCUCUGGAAUGGAUUUGACUUUGUCAUUGUCUCCUUGUCAGUGGCUGAAACCGUCAUCGAUUGGUUGGCGCAGACCAUGUCCAGUUCUGCUGAUGGCUCCAACUCCUUUCGCAUAAUGCGGGCGCUGCGCUUAGCCAGAACCCUUCGCGGAGUUCGACUUAUCCGAGUCUUCCGCUACUUCAGUGCAUUGAGAGGUCUGAUCCUGUCCAUUUUCAGCACCAUGGGCUCCCUCUUGU